AUGUUUAGCCGUCUGUCUUUACUUGUUUCGUCCAUCCACAUUUUGCUACUAGCGGCGCCAUCAUUCACUAGCGCACUUGGUACCUCUUGUACCGCCCCUCUGACCACGGGCACAGCAGCUCCGCAGGACCCCUACUGGCUGGAGACCAUAAAACACCAAGGAAUAUCCGCGUUCAACCCCGAUCCCUCUACCUACCAAGUUUUCCGGAAUGUAAAAGACUUUGGGGCAACGGGCGACGGUGUAACAGACGACACAGAUGCAAUCAACGCCGCCAUGUCGACCGGUGAUCGCUGCGGUGGAGGUACCUGCGGCUCUUCGACUAUUACGCCUGCUAUCGUCUAUUUCCCGCCUGGUACAUAUCUCGUUUCCGCUCCAAUCAACACGUAUUACUACACACAAAUGAUUGGAGACGCGAAGCGUCCCCCUACGCUCCUUGCAGACUCCAGUUUCGAAGGAAAAGCUGUUAUUGAUGCGGAUCCGUACAUGUCCAAUGGCUCGCAGUGGUUUAUCAACCAGAACAACUUCUAUCGAUCAGUGCGUAACUUGAUCAUCGACCUCCGCCAAAUGCCUACCACAGCCCCUGCCAUCGGUCUUCACUGGCAAGUUUCCCAAGCCACCUCAUUAAUCAAUGUCGUCGUAGAAAUGUCAAAAGAAAAUGGCACGCAGCACCAAGGUCUUUACAUGGAAAAUGGCAGUGGUGGCUUUAUGGGUGAUAUCAUAUUCAAUGGAGGCAUGAACGGCAUUUACGUUGGCAAUCAACAGUUUACUGUCCGGAACAUCACCGUAAAUGAUGCGGUACUAUUGCUGUCCCGUGGAAUUGGGUUCCUUACUGCGGAGCAGGUUGGACAUGGCAAGGGGUUUCAAUCAACAACUGCACGGUUGGCUUCAACAUUACCUCUGGCACUGGGGGUGUCGGUUCGGAAGCAAUCAUUGACUGCCGUAGUUAUGGACACCGAAAUAUUCGUCUCAACAACGACCCCUGUCAACAGCUCCCUCGGAGGUUCCCUUAUAUUGAAUAACAUCGUGCUCCACAAUGUCCCCGUCGCGUCUUGGGCCCAAGGCAACGUUUACCACGGCACUGAUGGCCAGCCAGUUUUCACCCAGGGGUCGAUACCAGGCCCGGUGAAACCAGGAAACCUCCUUGACUCUGAGGGCAGAAUCUUCGGCAAAUCUCAUCCCCAGUACGCAGAUUACGCUCUUGAUCAAAUAGUGAGCGUUAGAUCCAUGGGUGCAACUGGUGACGGUGUCACGGAUGAUACCACUGCCCUUCAAAAGGUGUUCGACGAGCUCAUAUUCUUCGAUGCUGGAACCUACUACAUCACCGAUACACUUAUUAUUCCCGCCGGCUCUCAGGUCGCAGGCGAGGCUUGGUCCGUCAUCAUGGGUGGAGGCUCGAAGUUCCAAGACGAGAGCAAACCAAAGGCUGUGGUACAAGUUGGCGAGGCUUGUCCUAGCAACUUCCUCGGAGUCAAUGGCGUAGGAGGACCUGACUGCCUGUUCGGUGCGAAUAGUAUCUUUACACCAAGCGGGAUCCUUGAGAUCACUGACAUCGUCUUCACCACUCGUGGACCCGCUCCCGGUGCCAUUGUUGUGGAGUGGAACGUGCACGAGCCUGUGGGCGUUCAAGGUGGCGCAGGAAUGUGGGACAGUUAUAUCCGGAUUGGAGGAGCUGCGGGGACUGACUUACAACUCGCCGAGUGCCCUGCGGGGUCCCAAAGUCCCAAUUGCAUGGCAGCGUUCAUGUCGUUGCACCUCACGCAAGGUUCUAGCGCCUAUCUCGAGGGUACGUGGGCAUGGACCGCCGACCACGACAUGGAGGAUCCCCAGCUCCGUCAAAUCAACGUGUUCACCGGACGAGGUGUCCUUUCCGAGUCGCUUGGCCCUGUGUGGUUAAUUGGAACAGCGGAACACGCUGCACUCUAUCAGUAUAAUUUGAACGGUGCCGAAAGUCACUGGAUCGGGCUCGCACAGACAGAGACGCCUUACUACCAACCGGUUCCACAAGCCCCUGCACCUUACACCAUCAACAAAAAGUAUGCCGACCCAACCUUUGAGGGAACAGUCGGUACGGCGUGGGCUAUGUAUGUCCAGAGGUCUUGGAGCAUAACUCUGUUCGGUGGCGGAUUCUACAGCUUCUUCCAGAAUUACUCCACCGCUUGCCUUACAAACGUGAGUUGUCAAGCCCAGAUUUUCAAUGUGGACGAUGCCUCUACGAUCCAAGUCUACGGGUUCUCGACGGUCGGCACAGAUUAUCAAUUGAGCAUUGAUCAGAAGGGUAUCAUUGACGAGGCUAGCAACCCGACUGGAUUCCAGCAGUCGUUCGCCGCUUGGACUCGCUGGUGA